UAUAAAUAGGCAUCGCCUUGAAGAUCCGCCUGUGAAGAGACGGUGCUCAGAAUUCAUUCGGGGGAUUUGGAUCUCCAUCUCUUCUCGCCGUCGACGGGAAGAGAUCGGAUUCCGGCGAAGCUAGUAGCAGUAACCUUUGCAGUUAGUGAAUCACCAUGAAGGCACUAAUUCUUGUUGGAGGGUUUGGUACCCGGCUGAGGCCAUUGACACUCAGUGUCCCGAAGCCGCUUGUUGAUUUUGCUAACAAGCCCAUGAUCCUGCAUCAGAUCGAAGCUUUGAAAGAUGUUGGAGUGACCGAAGUUGUUUUGGCUAUUAACUAUCAACCAGAGGUGAUGCUUAAUUUUUUGAAGGACUUUGAGGCCAAGCUUGGUAUCAAAAUCACUUGUUCUCAAGAAACUGAACCACUAGGUACAGCUGGACCAUUGGCACUUGCCAGAGACAAGCUGAUUGAUGGUUCGGGUGAGGCCUUCUUCGUCCUCAACAGCGACGUCAUUAAUGAAUACCCUUUUGCAGAACUUAUCAAAUUCCAUAAAUCCCAUGGAGGGGAGGCCACAAUUAUGGUGACAAAGGUGGAUGAGCCAUCCAAAUAUGGUGUGGUAGUUAUGGAGGAAGAAACUGGGAAGGUGGAUAGGUUUGUUGAGAAGCCAAAAAUUUUUGUUGGUAACAAGAUCAAUGCUGGGAUUUACCUACUGAAUCCUUCUGUUCUCGACCGCAUUGAAUUGAGACCUACCUCAAUUGAGAAAGAGGUCUUCCCCCAAAUUGCUGCAGAUCAGAAGUUAUUUGCAAUGGUCCUUCCAGGUUUUUGGAUGGAUGUUGGCCAACCAAGGGAUUACAUCACAGGCCUAAGGCUUUACCUGAGUUCUUUGAGAAAGAGAACUCCUUCCAAAUUAGCUGGUGGUUCUCAUAUUGUUGGAAAUGUCCUGGUGCAUGAGAGUGCUGUGAUUGGAGAGGGAUGCCUGAUUGGACCUGAUGUUGCUAUUGGACCUGGUUGUGUGGUUGAGUCUGGAGUAAGGCUUUCAAGGUGUACAGUAAUGAGAGGAGCCCGUGUAAAGAAACACUCCUGCAUCUCCAGUAGCAUCAUCGGUUGGCAUUCUACGGUAGGCCAAUGGGCACGUAUCGAGAACAUGACCAUUCUUGGCGAGGAUGUCCACGUAUGCGAUGAGAUAUACAGUAAUGGUGGUGUGGUUCUUCCUCACAAGGAGAUCAAAUCUAGCAUCCUUAAACCAGAGAUUGUCAUGUGACCAUUGCGAACAAUGUGCUAUGUUUAGGUGUGUACGUGUUUAUUGUUUCUUCAUGUCCAGAUAAUGAAGGUGAGCUUAAGUCAAGCCUCAUUUAUGUUAAUGUAUAGGUGGCUAGUCUGCCUUUUAACAUGUGAAAAGCUCAUCCGUUCUCAGAUGAGUGAGUACGUCUUUGUUUCAUGUAUUCUAUCAGUUACAGUAUAAGCGUAAAAAUAAUGAGAAGAUUUCAGCCAAGUUUUGGGGUUA